CAAUUAUAUUUUUUACUCCCAAUAAAUAACUUUAUUGUUUUUGAAUGCCUCAUCCUCGUUUUAAUGUCGUUACUGCCAUUUUUAAUUUUAUUUUACAAAAAGUCACAUAUUCAUUUGGUAAAGAAAAUAUCAUUUGGUCAGUGAUCUUGACUGCAGAUUGACCAUAGAAAACCAUAUCUGUUUUUUUUUUUUUUUUUAUUACACAUCUCACGUCUUUCUGUUCAUUUUACAAAUUUAUUUAUUUAUUUAUUUUUUUGUGCCAUAAUUAAUUUCACCAGAUAUGAGGGUUCAGCGAGGGGUAAAUUUGAAAUUAAACACCAGAACCAUGCGCAAUCCCCGUAAAGUAGAGCUACUAACGGUCACUUCUCUUCCAUACAACCCGGUUGAAUCCGUUACAGAAACCUCAAACCGUUUUGUUAGAACAACCUUGCAGAAAAUAGAAGACAAUGGGUUUGUUGUUGUUCUUCAGGUCUCACCAUGAUGAUGUCUUCUACUUUUUCUACAUUUACAGCUGUUUUCCUCCAUCUCUGGUGCCAAGAUUUACGAUAAAUAUGCAUUAUUUCUUAGAGAAAAGACAACAGAAAUAUUUUUUAGUACUAUUUCUCAAGGUGGUUCAUCUGAAUUGUGCUUUCAAGUAAUGGCAGGAGGAGGAGGAGGAGGAAAUUCUUCAUCUAGGGAGCUUGAUCAGACACCCACAUGGGCGGUUGCUUUGGUUUGUGCCAUUAUCAUUUUAAUCUCCAUAUAUUUGGAGAAAGUUCUUCAUCACAUUGGAGAGUGGUGUGAGAAAAGGCGCAAAAAAGCUUUGCGUAAAGCUCUUGAGAAGGUUAAAGGAGAGCUUAUGGUUCUAGGAUUCAUUUCCCUACUACUGACAUUUGGGAAGAACUACAUUGCCAAAAUCUGUAUUCCCUUACAGUUAGCAAACACAAUGUUGCCAUGCCACAAGAAAGGGACCCACAAAUUCCACAAUGCUGAAGCAAACCAUCACCCUCAUAAGGGUGAGCCAGGACAUCAUCGGAGGCUUCUAUGGAAUGAACAUAGAUUUCUAGCAGCUGAUGGUCCACCUAAAGGUUGCAAACCGGGGCAUGUGCCGCUUAUAUCUAUCCAUGGAUUACAUCAAUUACACAUCUUCAUAUUCUUUUUGGCGGUGUUUCAUGUUGUCUUUAGUGCCAUAACAAUGACACUUGGGAGAUUAAAGAUUCGUAGAUGGAAGGAAUGGGAGCGGGAAAUUCUUAAUGACGAUGAAAAUGAUGCUACAAGAUUCAGGUUUGUCCAUGAGACGUCAUUUGUAAAAAGGCACACCAAUUUCUGGACCAAAACACCAUUCUUCUUUUAUAUUGCAUGCUUCUUUAGACAAUUCUUCAAGUCUGUUCGUCGAGCUGACUACCUGACCAUGCGCCAUGGAUUCGUCUCUGUUCAUUUAGCUGCUGGAAGUAAGUUUAACUUCCAAAAAUAUAUCAAAAGGUCAUUAGAAGACGACUUCAAGAUAGUUGUGGGAAUCAGUCCGAUAUUAUGGGCUUCUGCGGUCGUCUAUCUGCUUCUUGAUGUUGACGGCUCGUGGUUUAUGUCUUGUCUAUCCAUAUGGCCUCCAACUAUUAUUUUAGCGAUUGGAACGAAGCUUCAAGCUAUUAUAACGCGGAUGGCUGUGGAAAUCCAAGAAAGACAUGCUGUUGUUCAAGGCAUACCUCUUGUGCAAGUCUCUGAUAAGCAUUUUUGGUUUGGCUGGCCUCAGUUAGUUCUCUAUCUCAUCCAUCUCAGUCUCUUUCAGAAUGCAUUCGAGUUGACAUAUAUAUUAUGGACUUCGUAUGAGUUUGGGGUGACUUCUUGUUUUCAUGAAAGUGCAUCUCAGAUAUCAGUGAGAGUUGCUAUCGGGAUAGGAGUCCAAAUUUUGUGCAGCUACAUUACGCUUCCACUAUAUGCCCUUGUAACUCAGAUGGGAUCAACAAUGAAGAAGACUAUGUUUGAUGACCAAACUGUUGAGGCAAUAAAGAAUUGGCAAAGGAAUGCCUUGAAGAAGAUGAAUGAAGGGAAUACAACACCAGCUGCACCUAAGACAUCAGGUGGGAUCCCAAACAUAUCUCCAGAGAAUUCUCCCACAACCGGAAAAUCACCAUGUUAAGAAUGCUGAUCAUAAAAUGGCUAACAAAAACGCAUCAACCGCUACAUAGUUGCCAGUGUGGGCAUUCCUGGGGACAUCCACCAAUUACAUAAACAUGACCUCCUAACAAGCCCAUGAUUCUGGGGAUGAGGUUGGUGAUUGUGAUGGCAAAUUUUGACAUUGAUGUCAUGGUUCGGAAACAAUAUAUUUUCUUCAGUAUUAGUUUUGCUUAGUUUUAUGCUUUAUACAUCAGCUUAGGUUCGAAUGGUUGAUUGGCGCAAACUAUCAGGCUACCAACCAUUUCUUGCCUGAUAGAUACAGAACAGUUCAUUUGUUAAAAAGUGUGAUGGUAAUCAUUGUAUAUGGAUAAAGGAUCUAUACUCUUUCUCACAUGCAUUUCUUUCCAUUUCUAUUA